GUGUCAUGCUUUUUGGGAAUACAUCCUUCAACAUCCUUGGGAAGAUUAUAGCAACGCAACCAAGAAAAAUUUUGCCCACAAUGUCUUACUUAUUAUUGAUAAGUUAUGCUCCUGUACUCAGAGAGGAAUGCUACCAACUGUUCAAGGAAUUGUUCAAGAAUUUUCAAAGAGUGCCUUCUUCAAAUUGGUCCUUCCUGAAAUAGUUGAGAAUUUAGCCAAAGAAAAUUGUAUCAGUGGAUCCUUCAAAGUGGUGCAGAAUGUUCUAGAACAUGUCCUAAAUGUUUCACCUUCCUCUGGUCGAAGAGUUCUACCCAUGGCAAAAGUUCUUGCUGAAAGCUUAGUGAACAGCUCUUGUGGGAAAUCUGCUGUAGACUUCCUGGAAAAGUUGUCACUGAUGGUUGCCAUUGCAGUGCCAGGGGUCCAUGCAGAUCUUGAGGCUUUUUCAUGGAGAGAUCUUCCCUUGCUGCUACUGAGUGAAGAAAUCCAUAAAGAUUCAACAAAAACUAGAACAACUGACUUACCAGUGAUCAAGAAAGAAGGCAAGUACCACUCAGAAAAAGAAUAUUUGAACACUUACUUCAGACUUCUAAGAGAGGAGUGCUUUCACAAGUUGAAGAAUGGAGUUUCACACUUUUUAAGCAAAGGAAAGUGUGAUUCAAAAGAAGCGAUGAUGUAUAGGAUUACUCUGAAAGGACUACACACUCAUAAACGAGAAAACUCUCCAACCACCAUGUCAAUUGGAUUGCAAUUUACUGUUAACUCAGAGGAAAGGAUUGACUGGGGAUCUGCAAGUUGGCUUGUGUAUGGAAAUCUACUGUGCAUUUCUUGUGAUGGCUCAUUUGAACAGCCUGUUUGGGCUGUAGUGGAAAAGGUAGACCAUGAACAAAGAGUGAUAUGGGUGGCACUUUGUGGUGAUAAAACAAACAACAUAUCAGAGGCAGAAUUUGUAAUCAAACUACAAGGGAUAACAGAUGAUGGGAAAGAAGCUCACAUGGCUGAAAGCCAGACAUUUUACCUGUCUUUUGGUCCGGCUAUGGAUAUUUUGCAACACAAAGAUUCUGUUCCGUUCAAGGAUUUCUUAGUACAUCCAGAGGCCAAUCACAUGUGUCAAGCUGAGUACGUUCGUAAAGUAAAAGCUCCUCCUGACUGGGGAAUCAUAUUUGAGUCUCCACCAAAGUCACAUGACCAAGAUGAGUCUUCAGUGUACUCUCUUGUGGAAGACUUUGAAAGAAUGAAAUUAUCAAAUAUCAAGGCAAAACUAGAUGACACACAACUCGAUGCAAUUGACCUUGCACUUAAGAACAAAGUGGCCUUAAUUCAGGGACCUCCAGGAACUGGGAAAUCUUUUGUUGGUGUGUCUCUUGUUCAUUUGUUAUUGUCAAUGGAUGUACCGAAGACAUUUGGACCCAUUUUUGUAAGUAUUUAAUGUAUAUUGAG